AGCGGCUUCUAAUAUAUUGUAGCCAAUUGUAACAAUUAUUUAUGUAAUUUAUUUGACUUUACAUGUGGAUUUCAAUCACUCUUUUAUAUAUAGGGUGAAUUCAGGUUGAUUGGGACACUUUUCAAUUCAUAUCAAUGGCAAAACGUGUCCCAAUCACCCUGAAUUCACCCUAUAUAUUGCCAUGUUUAGCACUGCUACGAGAACUUUGUUGAAAGGCUGCAUAGUUAGCAAGAUUUGUUGUGUUACUAUCAAUGAAUGCACUCUGAAUUUUCUAUAAUAGUUAUUUGGUCGCGUUGAGUAUACUGCCCCAUUGAUUAAAUUCCGUCUCAGACUUGUGGGCGGUUUCCCGCGCUUUACUCUUACGUCAAUCCACAGGCAGACAUGCGCUAAAUACGGAAACCGAUGGGAUCAAAGUGGAAUAACAUCCAUAAUCAGAUACGACUUUUAACUCACUACACGUGGCUGUGCACAUAAACGCGGUGAUGUGACACGGAAACAUUAAUAGGCAUCCUCUCAGUCUCCAUGUAGACAGUACCAUGCCUUUGGAGGAAGGACCACAGUCCUCUGCUAAAAGUGAAGAACCUUAUUAUGCAUCAAACAAAUAACAUCUUCCACUGGUUGUGCUGGGUAGCAGUGCAGUGGAGGAGGACCAGAAUCUGUUCCAACAGCCUUGAACGGGAAGCGCUGUGGGAUGAUCUCUUGGAGGACCAAAUGGGUCCUAAAAUCUGGAACACGCAGACGAAGAUGCAGAGAGGUGUCCAGCUGGUACGUCCGGCAGGACUGGCAGAGGAGAACAGCCUGUUGCUGGUCCUUCUAGCUCCCAAAGACAGGGUUACUGCAGCUGCUGUCAGGUUCUGUACAACAGUGUGGAACAGCAUAUCUUGAGUGCCCAACAUAGAGAAGUGGUACGGGCUUCUAGAGCUAGUGUAUCUUCUGGAAGUUUAUUAGAGCGAUUCCUCCAGGAUGUGCUCCAACAUCAUCCUUAUCACUACAGUGAUACACGGCCUACCCAUGCUGAUCUACCUUCACUAACUACCCCACUUGUCCCAAAGGAGGUGCUCUCAGAGGUGUACUGUGGAUCAGAUGAGGAUGGUGUCUCUGUUGGGACACGUGAGGAGAUGCCUACCUCUGAUGAAGAGUCCUGCCAAAUGCUGCAAAUUGCAGCCUCAAUUCCAGCAGUGACGACUGACAUCACUGCAACUACACAUAUACAAACUACUUCCCAAAUUGGAGCAACGGUGCCUGAACCACCUCCCCCUGAAAAGUAUUCUCCCACACAGGGUUUUAUGCACAGGACUAGUGGCAGCUCUGCCAAUGACAAACCACAUACAUCACAAUUGACGCUACCUGUUCAGAGAGAAAGCUCACAAAGACAUCCCUGUGCUUCAAAGCAUCCACCAGUCGCCAAGGCUGGAGCUAUUGAACACAGGAAAGCACACAAGAAAACCAAUAGGGAUAAUGAGGGGAGCGACUCCAUUACAGCAUCCCAUGCCCCAAAAGCUGCAAAGUGCAUUACCUCAAAGGACCAGCCUGCAACCUUUCGACCAGUGGCUGAGGAGUCCACAGUGGGGAUUUCAGGACUGCCCCAUUCGAAAGGCCUCCAUAGGGAACAGACAUUCAGUCAUGAUUCUGACCAGAUUCGAGAUGUGAUAGAGGAGGUUAUUGAAAAAUACUGUUAUGGCUACAGUCCCAAAGUCGACCAGCAAGAGGAUGAUGGCAGCUUCCUUUUGAGUCCUCAGUCUAUGAGUGAAUCCGAAGGCAGUGAAGAAUGGGACAAUGCGAUACAGAUGGCUUUGGGAAAGGCAAAGGGUGAAGAAAAGAAUUUAGCCGAAUUACUGGAAGUGCAUAUAAACCUUGAAGACCAAGGAUACCAGACUCAGCUGCACACAGCUCUAAACUCUGUGGGAACACCUGAGGAAACCAAGGGGAGUGCUGCUGAGAAGGUGUUUCCCGAUCUUCCCCACAUACCACAGUCUUUUGUUGGAAAAACAUGGACACAAGUGAUGUUUGAAGAUGACGUGAAGAUAGACUCCAUAGUGAGAGAGUUCCAACAAGGCCAAUUCCGUUGCUAUUUUGACAGUGAAUCCUUGGCUUUGUUUGGGAAGCACAGGAAAAAAAGGAGAAAGAACAAGAACCGGGAAAGAAAAGAAAAAGCAGAUACUGCUGGAUGGGAGCCUACAGAUGUCUUGCCGCUCAUGGAACACAAUGAAGAAGACCCUACACCUUCAGCUGUUUUGUUGAGGAAAACGAGGCAAAAAUUUUACAGACUAGCGUCACGUUGCCAAGUGGUAAAGGUAAGCCACGGUACACAGACCAUCCCUCUUAGCUGCCCUGUGGUGCGACAGAGAUCAACACAAGAAACAUUCCCCUCAACACACAGAGAAGAGCCCCAGCAAUGCCCUAGCCUUGAAAGGACCCCUGACAUGAAGACCAGACUCUGUGCAUUAAAGCUUCCUGCUUCUUACUGCAAGAUAAUGAGUCCUCUACAACCUAAAACUGUGGUCUAUGUGCUUUCUUCCCCAGAUGGGGGUCAAGGAAUCUCCAAGCCCACCCCUAUUAAGAAAGCAGGGAGGAAGCGGAAGUCAUGUGACAGUGAUGUUGGCCAGAAGUACAAGUACAAAAAGACACCUCUUAAGUUCUACGACCCUUUGACCAAUAGGAUCUUGAAGAGUCCACCAAAAGGCAUAUCUUUACCAUCUAAUUCCAAAUCUCUUUCACAUGUCCGGCAGCUGUUCCGUAGCCUUAGCCCGGAUAUUAACAAGGAGAGGCAGGGCCUGGAGCAGGGGCAGUCAUCAGGAGGUUCUCGAAAGUGUCGUGGUAGGAGCAGCAUGGCUGAUCUAUGUACCUCCACCUCAGACUCUAUUCUGGAGAGCGGUGGCCCCUCAGAACCUGGUUCUUCUUUGUCUAGCAGCCGAAGAGCCUUAUUCAGCCGCUCCUCUAUCUCAAGUAGCAGUUGUUUCCUCCUUGGACACCUCACGCCAUCUGCCCAUGUGGAUGAUUCUUCCAAAGCACUUCCUCACUCUUGUGCAAGCAGUUCCUAUAAAGUUGGAGGACUGGAACAAGAGGAACACCGCCAACAAACGGCAGUUGACCAAACACCAAUCAGACGUAGCUUACGGAGGGCUGGACCUUUGACUCCAGCCCAGAUACCAUCGGUACCCCCUUACAGGACCAAGAGGAAGUCAACCAAACCACAGCGCAAAGCUAAAUCACAAAGCAAUCUCCGGCAAACUGUUAGCUCAAGUAUAUCUGCAGAGUGUAGGACAUCUCCCAGAAACAAGAACCCUGCAAGGGCCUCACUUAGAUCAUCGGCUUCCUCUAAACUGGCGAUACAGCCGGUUAUUACAUCCUCUUCUAAACAAAUAAAUACAAUGCUCAGUGCCAGUCAGCAGAAGAGAGUGAGGGGGAGGACCGCCACUGUAAAUAUAGCAGACUGAACGUUAUCAGACACCAGCCAUGAGCAUAAGCUGACUUCUGUUCUUCAAAUGCUGUAUAGUUUUGCACAGUUGAAUUUCAGCUGACUGUUUCUAGUUGAAGUUCAUUUUUGUCUGUAUAUGUUUGUUUAUUUGUCAUAUGCAUUUUUUAACUUGUAAUGAGUAUAUAUUUUUUAAGUUUCUAAUGGGUAUUUUCUCAGAGGAUGAUAUUGAUGGUUGUAAAUUAAAUUUAUAAUUAUUAA